GAAAAAAUGUGGUUUUCGUCGGCUCUUUGUUUCUCUCGAUCCAAUCUUCUCCUUCCUUCUAUCGACCGAAACAAAGAGACAGAGAGAGAGAGAGACACACAGAGCUGAAUCUAAUCUAAUCAUCUCUGUACAUCAUAAAACCCUUUCUCUCUCUCCAUCUCAAUCUCCAUCCUCCUCCUUAUAGACACGUCUCCCUGCUUCAAAAUUAUUCCUCUAAAUCUCUUUUACUUCUGCGAAUCUAAGCUUCCUUCUUCGUUUCUCUGAGCCUUUCGAGUUCUGAUCUCCUCGAUCGAGCUCUGUUUACCUAUUUCCCUCGACAAAUCUCGCAUUUUUUUUCUCGAUCUCCAGAGCAGCAGAAUCUCAGUAGAGAAUCUGUGUUUUGUCUUUUUUGAGAGAAAAAAAAGUUUGAAACUUUGAAUUCUGGACGGUUGGUGAAUGCAACACCACCGGCGAGAGAUUCUUUCUACCGGCUUUGGCUUUAGCUUUGGCUUAGAUCUGUAACUCAAAAAAGGGGGAAUCAGAUACUAUGACCACCACCUCAUCGCCAUCAAUUGAGAAUGGAGCCUCUUCCUCCUCCUCUGGAUCAUCAUCAUCUUCUUCCCUUCAUGGCUGUAUGCAAGAAUUCAAACUCUUCCAGACUCAUUCCAAUUUCUAUAUGAUUGGUUGGAAUGGUAGUGGAGUGUAUAGAGUACUCAAGAUAGACCGCCUUGACGCCUCUGAGCUUAAUCUCAGUGAGGAUCCCACUGCCUAUACCAAAAAAGAAUGCUACGAGUUGCUUAAACGGAUACACGAAGGCAACAAGUCCACUGGCGGUCUCAAACGUGUUGCUGUCUGUUAUGGUAUCGUUGGUUUCAUUAAGUUUCUGGGACCAUACUACAUGCUGGUUAUAACUGAAAGAAGAGAGAUAGGUGAGAUUUGUGGUCACCGGGUGUAUGAAGUGGCCAAGAGUGAGAUGAUUUCCUUGCAGCAUUCUAGUUUCCUUGGCAACAUUGCUAAUUCAAGAGACGAGAACAGGUACAAGAGGCUCUUGUGUAUGGUGGACCUUACGAAAGAUUUCUUUUUCAGCUAUUCUUACAAUAUAAUGCGAAGUUUCCAGAAGAAUGUGUGCGAUCAUGAGAGUGGUGGUACUCUCUAUAAGAAAAUGUUUGUGUGGAACGAGUUCUUGACUCGGGGAAUUCGACUUCAUCUUCGGAAUACCGUCUGGACUGUAGCAUUGGUCUAUGGUUUCUUUAAGCAGACAACUCUCUCCGAAGCUGGACGGAAUUUCAAACUCACUCUUAUUGCUAGGCGUUCCCGCCAUAAUGCUGGAACCAGGUACUUGAAACGAGGAAUAAACGAAAGUGGCAAUGUCGCUAAUGAUGUCGAGACAGAGCAGCUAGUGUCUGAGGACGUGCCAGAAGACCACCCCAUGCAAAUUAGUUCUGUUGUGCAGAACCGUGGCUCAAUCCCUCUAUUCUGGUCACAGGAAACCUCACGGAUGAAUCUUAAACCGGAUAUAGUAUUGUCAAAAAGGGACCUGAACUAUGAGGCAACUAAACUUCACUUUGAAAACCUUGUCGAGCGAUAUGGAAUUCCCAUCAUUAUUCUGAACUUGAUCAAGACAAAAGAGAGAAGACCUAGGGAGUCGAUUCUCCGGGCAGAAUUUGCCAAUGCAAUUGACUUUAUAAACAAAGAUCUGCCUGAAGAAAAUCGUUUAAGAUUCCUCCACUGGGACUUGCACAAACAUUUUCAAAGCAAAACAGCAAAUGUCUUGGCACUUCUUGGCAAAGUAGCUGCAUGUGCUUUGAUGCUUACAGGUUUCUUUUAUUAUGAAGUUACCCCAGCAAUGAAGCUCGAGGGUUAUAUGAGCUUGUCUUCGUCUGAUGCCGAGAUGUCUCCACAAAAUAGUUCUGAUGAUGAUAGUGGGGAAUAUGAUUCCCUAGAGAAGAAUUUCCCCCCAAGUAAGAAUGUUGCUGAUGGAGAUUGUGAUAUCAAGCCUGGCAGGCUCCAGAGGGGCGUGCUGAGGACCAAUUGCAUAGACUGCCUUGAUCGUACAAAUGUUGCUCAAUAUGCAUAUGGUUGGGCUGCUCUAGGACAGCAGCUCUAUGCUCUGGGAAUUAGAGAUGCUCCAACAAUAGAACUUGAUGAUCGUCUGUCUAGUGCUUUAAUGGGGUUAUAUGAGAGAAUGGGAGAUACACUAGCUUACCAGUAUGGUGGAUCUGCUGCCCACAAUAAGGUUUUCAGUGAGAGGAGAGGCCAGUGGAGAGCAGCAACCCAGUCACAAGAGUUCUUGAGGACUCUGCAGCGUUACUAUAAUAAUGCAUAUAUGGAUGCGGAUAAACAAGAUGCCAUUAAUAUAUUUCUUGGUACGUUCCAGCCUGAAAAAGGGAGGCAGGCGAUUUGGGAGUUGCGUUCAGAUUCCCGCUCUAAUGGACAAAAUGGAGAGAUAAGCAUAGGGGAAGAUGAAAGGUUUCUUGUGAAGAGAUGCUUAUCAGAUGGUAAUAUUCUCCAUGAAAGUCGCACACGGAUGUCCGCAAUGAGUAGCAAGCAUGAAAGCAUAUCACAUAGAGGUUUUGUGUCAUCACGCCAAGUGAAUCAUAUAACUUCAGAGUCAUCACCAGAUAUGCCAGCUGCUGGUGAUGUAUCAUUAUCGAGGUGUGCUCCUUCAAUGCCCAGCACACACUUUUUUGGAGAUGUGAAGAAGAUUCAACAUAAUGGUAGUAGCUCCUAUUACUUGUCCGAGCAGGAAGACAUGUCUAGUGUCUCAAAUUUUGUUGAUGUCGAGUGGCUUUCGUCAUCGGAAAAUCUAUGCGAGAGCGAUCAGUUGUACAGGCCGUCAGCGGUCACAACCUAUUCAACCGCAGAAAUUUCAUCAUCAGAGAAUAUCAUCAGUGAAGUAAAACAGUCAACGCCAGCUAUGAGCGAGAAUGGAUCAAGCAGCAGGAAGGGAAAGGAACCUAUGGGAACCGAACCAUCCACAAAGAUCCACGAUGAUUUUACUGAUAGCUUCAAACAAUGGGUAGCAUACGGAGAAGCACUCUGCCAUUGAAGCUCUUUCAACUUUCCAUUUCCAGCAAGAACCAUACUUCUUCAGCAUACUAAUGGUUUUAUGGACAUUUGGGUAUUACGGUGCAAACAUGGAGAAGGUGGACUGGUAGAGAGAUUCUCGGUACCACAUAUUUGAAACUUCGCGGUGAUGACCAAACGGUCAAAUGAGGUAUUAUACAUUAUAAAGAGGAGCAAAUAAAAAAAAUAGCUGAGAGGUUUGAGUUUAGGGGAAUUAUCAUCUUUGUGGAGAGAAACUUAUGAUAAUCUGAGACUUUUGUUAGAAUAUUUUAUUGGUUCUGGUUUGUAGUCUACUGUAAAUAUAUGUUUGGUUUAUUGAUCCAUCAUGUAACUUCUUUUCCAUGGGUAAAAAGUCAUUUCUUCUACCA